AUGGUGCUGCAAUGGAGGAUCGGUUCCUCCGUCCCUCUGAAGACCAUCAUCUUCUUGAUCGUCUGCCUUCUGCUGUACGCCAGCCAACACCCAGCUCUCGACCGUUUCGACCACCGAAUAACGGGAACUGAUCUAUCCCUAAAUCUUCCCAAGAAUGGACUCGACUUUGGCGGAAACGCGAGCGACCAGCAGUCUUUCUACAAAUCGGACGCUGCUCGGAAAUUCUGCAAGCACCACGGCUAUUCGGUCUUUACACCAUCGUCAGACGACAGGCCACGGAAAGUCUAUGAUUUAUUCAUGGUGAAUACAGAGCUUGACUGGAUGGAGAUUCGCCUGAACACAACCUACCACCAUGUGGACUACUUCAUCAUUGUCGAAUCUCCCAAGACGUUCACAGGCAAGCCGAAGCGUCUCACGAUCAAGGAGGACUGGGAUCGUUUCAAACCUUAUCAUGACAAACUUAUCUAUCACGAGUUGGAAUUCCCGUCGACAUUCAACCCGACUCGAUCAUGGGACUACGAAGAUUUGCAACGCAACGCCAUGUACGAUCAAGUGUUUCCCAAGCUUGUCGGCAGGCAGGCGCCUGUGUAUGGAGACGUGAUUCUCGUAGCUGAUGUCGACGAAAUCGCUCGCCCUGAGACGCUGUUAGUCCUUAGAACAUGCCAGUUCCCCCGCAGGCUCACGCUGCGGAGUCGCUUCUACUACUACAGCUUCCAGUUCCUCCACAAAGGCCCCGAGUGGGAACAUCCUCAGGCGACUUACUUUCAAGGCCCGCGGACACUUCUUCCAGCAAAUCUUCGCAUGGGCGACGGGGGCUUCAAGCCGCUAUACGACCUGGAGAAGGCAGACCUCGGCAAUGCCUGUUGGCACUGUUCCAGCUGCUUCGCGACGAUUGACGAGUUUCUCACGAAGAUGGCCUCCUUCUCACACGAGUGGAUGAACGGGGAGCGGUUCCGAGACAAGGAUCGCAUCGCAGACGCUAUCAGAAAUGGGAAGGACCUAUGGGGGCGAGCUGUCGACCAGUUUGAGCGUCUCGAGAACAACACGGAUGUGCCGAGCAUGUUGCUGGACGAGCCUAGCAGAUUUGGGUACAUGCUGAACCGGGACGGUCCAUCCGCCGGGUUUGUCGACUAUCCAUGA